UUUGAAUAUUAAAAAAUGAAUUCAAGGGAUGGACAGACAGAAAAGAUUGAAAAGGACUUUUCAAGAUUAUUGGAGAGAUAUAAUCGUUCAAAAUAAGUCAUUGAUUAAUUGUAUUAAUCAGGUGGUAAGAAUGAUACAACAAUACGUUCUGAAAAAAAUUAUAAGGAAGAGAAAGAGAAGGAAUAUGUAUCAAGAGAUAAGUAUAACAAAAUGAGAAGUUUAAAUAAAGAGCUUAAAGUAUAAAAUUUGUAUUAAUAAAUAAAUUAGAUAACUCUAAAAGAAUAUAUAGAUAGAACAAAAGAGUUGGAAUAGACAAUAAGAGGGAAAGAUGAAUUAAUAGAAAAGUAUGAGAAGGAAUUAAGAGAAUAAUAGGAAAAUUUAUAUAAUCAAUUAUAAGAAUAGAAGGAAUAGAUUUUGAAAGAAGAUUAAUAAGCAAGAGUUAAUGAAGAUCUCAGAACUUAAUUAACUUAGGCAAAAUAGAAAUUAAUAAAAAAGAAAGCAAAAAUAUAAUUACUUAAGGAUUCUUAAAAAUCAAAUGAUGUAAGAAAUAUAAUUUAUAUUUUUAUUAGGGUAGAUUAGAAGAUUAAAAAUAAGGAUUUCAAUAAGAAUUGGAUAGAGUAUAAAAGUUAUGCGAAGAAUUCUCAAAUGAAAUGUAUUAUAAAUAGAUUAAUUAUAAAUUAGUAAGGAUUCAGAAAAGAGGUUGAUAUGUUUGAAUGACGAAAAUGAACAAUAUAAAUAGUUAUUAGAUUAAAAAGAAGAGGAUAGAAGAUAUUUGGAGAUGAUGAUUUAGGAAGAGAGAGAGAAUACAAAUAAAAUAAGUUCAAAAAUUUAAGAAUAUUUUGAUGAAAAGAAGAUUUUAUAGAUAACAAUAGAUAAUUAAGGAAAGAAAGUAUAGGAUUUAGAAGAGUAAUUGAAAUAAGCUGAUACAAGAUAUUAAAUGUUGUAAGGGAAGUUAGAUUAAGAGAAAUAAGGUAUGAUAAGUGAAUUACAAGAAAAUUUAUAGAAAAAAAAAUAAAAAACAAAAUAAAUGCAAAAUCAGAUCUAAUAAUUAGAAUAGAAAUUAUUAGAAAAAUCAAAAGAAGAUAUGAUAGUUAAUAAAUAAAUUUAAGAUUUAUAAGGAGAAAAACAGAAAUUGUAAUCUAUGCUAGAGGAUUAGAAAUAAAAAACUGAUUAGGUUUUUAAUGAAGCAUAAUUCAAAAUAUAAGAUAUAAGAGAUUUGAAGGGAGAGAUUGAUAAAUAUAGACAAACUCUUUAAAUAUAAGAUGAAAAAAUAACAAAAUAUGAUGUCUAAUAUUAGAUUGAUUAGAAGGAGAAAUAAAGAUUAGUUCAUGAGAUUGAGAUUUUUGAAUAAGAAAAUAGAAAAUUAAAACAUUUAUUAUAUGAAUAAGAUAGAGAUAUUGAUUACAUGAGAUAAUAAUAAGAAUAAGUAUUUUAAUUGAUUAAAAUAUAAUAGGAGAUAUUAUAUAUUGAAAAGAAAGUUGAUUCUUUAGUUGCAGAGGUUCAUGUUGCUAGAGAAGAGACUAAUGAAUGGAAACGAAAUGCAAAUGAUUUAAAAAGAUAGUUAUAAUAACAAGAAGAAAACACUAAUUAAUUUAAAGCAAAGUAUUUGAAAAGCAAAUAGAAUUCAAAAAAUUUGGAAAAUGAAUAAAGAUUUGUAUUCAAAUUAAAUUAUAUUAUUUAUAGCUUGAAGAAAAAGUUAAAUUGUUAGAAAAUGAAAAAUUACUUGGAGAGAGAGAAGCUUUGAAAAAUACUGUAGUUUAAUAAAAAUCGGUUUAAUAAAGUAAAAUUAAAGUGCUUGAUGAAAUUUAGAAUAUGAUCAAGUAACAUAAAUAUAGAGAAUGAAUUUUU